AUACUUUCUGAUUUAGAGGAUAGAAAACCCUUUUCUCUUCUCUGAUUCUCUCUCUGAUCAUUCCGACAAAUCACAACUCGUCAGUCUUUUCGUUGCGUUUUCCUCACUCAGGUUUGCUUCUUAUUCGCAUCCAAAAAUAAUCUUCGUGUUAGAGUUCUCUCUUUGUCUCUUUUACUAUGGAUGAUCUGCGAGAGUAUAGGAUUUCUCCUAUUUCAAUAAUCUCGUUGAAGUUCUGCGUGCUUCCUGGGUGCAAAUAUAGGGUUUCGAUUUUAGGAAUCCUUUUAGUUUAUUUAUUAAGGUUUUAUGAAGGAUCGGCGAUACCCAAUUCUGGGGGGUUAGGAUAAUGGCGAACAACGGGGUUGAACAAAGUUAAAUUAUCAGUCUUUAGUCCAAUUCUAUUAUGGGUUUUGACUUUGAUGGACUAAAUCUUCGUCGAUCGACUUGUUCUGCUGUAGUUUUUGGUGUCUGUGUUCAUUGUUUGCUUUACAACUAUGUUAUUGAGUUUUGUAAUGGAAAAUUUGGGACAUCGGCUUGUGGUUUAUGGAGGAUUUAUUGAUUCGAUACGGUGUCUGAUUAGAGAUGCAAUUGGAAUAUUCGUGUUUUUAUAGCAUUAUGGAUAUAAAGGUCGCGAAAAGGACGGAACGAUUCGGUGGGACGACGUGUGUGUAUUGGCAAGCUGGUAAAUGCAACAGAAAUCCAUGCAGAUUUUUGCAUGGAGAAUCACCACUGCCAUCUACUCCUUAUCACGAUGCCAGAAGGCCCAAUACUGCUUAUCGUUAUUCAAGGAGGCCCCAUUUGUCUGAGAACACCUCCAAGAGUAACUCAAAGACAGUAUUGAUUAGAAAGAGUGCAGAUAAAGAAGAUGGGACAAGUGUUGCCAAGAGUUCUCAGAAGCCAUCACCAGUUAUAUGUAAAUACUGGACAAAUGGCAAUUGUGUACAUGGUGAAAGGUGCCGGAAUUUACAUUCAUGGUUUUAUGGUGAUGGGUUUUCCACAUUGGCAAAGCUUCAAGGCCACAAGAAGGUCAUCACCGGGAUUGCCCUUCCAGUUGGGUCUGACAAACUUUAUUCCGGCAGCACCGAUGGGACAGUUCGUAUAUGGGACUGCCACACUGGUCAAUCUGCAAAUUUGAUAAAUCUUGGGGCUGUAGUUAGCUCUUUGAUCAGCGAGGGGCCAUGGAUUUUUGUUGGUGUGCGAAAUGCUGUCAAGGCUUGGAAUAUUCAGACUGCUUCAGAAUUUACUCUUGAUGGACCUAAAGGACAAGUCCUUGCCAUGGUUGUUGGCAAUGAUACACUUUUUGCUGCAGCAGAGAAUGGUAUAAUUUCUGCAUGGAGAGGCAGCUCUAGCUCUGAAGCCACGACCCCUUUUGAACUGGUUGCUUCACUAACUGGCCACACUAAAGCUGUUGUUUGCCUGGCUGUUGGAGGCAAAAUGCUGUUCUCAGGGUCCAAGGACCAAAGUAUGAAGGUUUGGGACCUUGAUACAUUACAGUGUAAAAUGACACUCAAUGAGCAUAUUGACGUGGUCACAUCCCUUAUUUGUUGGGACCAUUAUUUGUUAUCAAGUUCAUCUGACUGCACAAUUAAAAUCUGGGUUGCCACUGAAGAGGGAACUUUGAAGGUGACAUAUACGCACCGAGAGGAAAAUGAUGUUGUUUCACUUUUUGGGAUGACUAAUGCAGAAGAGAAGCCAAUAUUAUUUGUCUCAUGCAUAGACAAUUCAGUUCGCAUGUAUGAAUUGCCAUCAUUUUCAGAGAGAGGUCGUAUAUUUGCAAAGCGAGAGGUUCGAUCAAUGGUGUUAGGUCCUGGUGGUCUCUUCUUCACUGGGGAUGGUACUGGUUUGCUGAAGGUUUGGAAAUGGUUGGAAGAACCCAAGAUGGCUUCCUCUUAACUAUAGAAAUUUGAAUGAUACUGUAUGCAUCUGCCUCCUCUUGAUGCAGUGCUCAAAACAAUCAAUUUAUUUUUCACUGUGCUGUAUUGAACAAUGAACAAUAUCCAUUGUAAAUACAAUAUAUAUAUAUCAAAUUGAAUUUUCCAAUUCCAUUUUUUCU